AUGGCUCCUGCUACUCCAGAUCUGUCGGCCAAGUACACGCUCCUGCAAUUGAGUGUCAAUUCGUCAAGCAGCAUAUCCAACCGAACAACCUCUCUGAUCGCCCAUGUCAAGUCGACACCAGCCGACAGCAAACCUGCCAUUGUCGCUCUCCACGCCAAAGCUCCCGUCGCCAACAAGCUCAUCAGCAUUGUUGAAAUUGCAAAGAGAGAGCUGAAAGAGAACGGGAUCAAGGUAUACCAAUACAAUGCCCUUGGCUCCGAGUUGAUCGAAACCACACCUGCCACCCAGGACGCGACCAAUCAAGAUGCUAUGAGCGAUGAGGAGCCCGCUUUCGAGAAGGUCGACCAGAGAUCUACCGUCAGAAAUGUACCAACAAUGACCACCUAUUUGAGUCUUGCUUCCAUCAAGGAGCUGAAACAAGCUUAUGGAGAACAAAUCGGUUGA